CACACUUAAACACGCCUCCUCCUGAGAUGUUUAUCAGGUUCUUUAUGCUUUAUGUGUUUUGGUGUGAAAUGUGGGGCAAUGCAGAGUCAGCCAAACAAAAACGUGAAAGCUAAAUAGGGUGCCAGGCAGAGUUUUUUCUCAGAGUAACACUGGACCCCAAACAGCAAAGAAGUUCAGAGAAACCACUGAGGUCUUGAAUUACAGACCAAACUCAUAACAGCAGAAAUCCUGAAGACCUGCACUCAGAGGUAUGGGGAGUUCAGAUUUAACUACAGAAGAUUUAACAUCACUUUUAGGCUCCACUUAUUACAAUGAGCUCAAUUCCACUGAUUUUGAUUCCGUCACCGGGGCCAACGUCACUGAUGUCAUUGAGCUGUGUGUAGCCAGCAACGAGCAUGAGCUGACCAUUACUGCUGUCCAGACCAUGGUCUUCCUCAUUGUCUUCUUCUUAGGUGUAAUUGGAAACGGGCUGGUUAUUGCCACCUUCGCACGGUACCGCCGUCUACGUCUACGCUGCAUGACGGACGUCUUUCUGUUCUACCUGGCUCUGUCCGACAUGCUGCUUCUGCUGACUCUUCCGUUACAGACGGGAGAGAUGCUGAUCGGCAGCUGGGAGUUCGGAGAGGGGCUGUGCAAGCUAAACCGCGUUAUGCAUGCCAUCAACACCUAUGGAGGCCUGCUGUUGUUGGCGUGCAUUAGCGUUGAUCGCUAUCUGGUGGUGGUUCGCACCAGGACCGUGCGAAAGAGGAGUUCUGGGACGCUGUUUUACAGCACAAUGUCUGCGCUUGGAGUCGUAGUAACUUCUAUUUUCCUGAGCCUGCCAGACCUGCGCUUCAGCUCCGUGGACAACGACAUGGGUUCAGAUGCCCUCUUGUGCGUUAUGAAAGUUUGGGGCGAUGAAGUGAGUAAAUGGAAGCUGUGGGUCCAGAUCGCAAAGAUCGCAGGAUUCUGCAUCCCUUGCGUGGCGAUGGUGGUGUGUUACGGUGCGAUCGGACGCGUCUUGAUCCGUGCCGGUGGCAAAUGUUGGCGUAGACAAAGGACUUUGCGUCUGAUGGCACUUUUGGUGGUUCUAUUCCUCCUGUUCCAGCUUCCUUAUACUGUGGUGCUUCUGAUUAAAAUAUUCACACCCACUCCGAACUGCGAAGACUGGACCAAAUUCGAACUUCAGGAAAACAUAACACGCAAUCUGGCCUAUGUGAGGUGCUGCCUGAACCCUUUGCUCUACGCACUUGUUGGUGUCAGAUUCCGAAACGACAUUAUCAGGCUGUUGACGGACGCCGGGUGCAUGUGCGCAUGUGUGUCCCAUAUAACACCUCAGCAUGAAAACGGAAGCUCCAUUACACCAUCGUCUCCGGCUCCAACCAUACUUUCACCCACCCCAUCUACUUACCUGUCCGCCAAGAAAACACCUGACCCGAACACACCUGCUGCAAACACAGCUGAAACAUUCAUUUUUCCAACACCUGCAUCUGGUAAAAUGAAUUCGUUUAUAAGCUGGUGUCAUCAAUGAUUUAGCUGCAAAUCAGAGGAUCUGCAAUUAAUCACUUAUUGAUUUAAAAGUGAAAAGAGACAGAGUUGCAUGUACAACAAAAGCUUUUAUAUCUUUUUCUAUCUCUUUUGUUUUAGCAUUAUUUACUAUUAACACCGUAAAAAAAUCUUACUGAGGCUUAUAAUAUGCUUUUUUAGAAAUGUUCUUUUCUGUAUUUUAGAUCACUGUGUUAAACUGUUAGACGAAAAAUGACCAAAAAAAAGGAGUGUUUCAGAAUUAUCUAUCGGGUAGAAUUUCAUUUUUUUUUUGCUGUAAAUAAAUGUGCAGAUUUUACCAUUAAAAUAAACACUUUUGUUGUAUGUGUGUUAUUCUCUGCUUUAAUCUAAAUAAUUUUUACCUGAAUUCAGUACUACUGAUAUCAAUGAACUUUUUUACAAUUUCAUAAUGGAAUAUAUGGAACUUUCAGCACUGAAUUUGUCUUAUUAAUAUGCUACACUUUGCAAAACAUUUACAACAUCGAGGUCUUUUUAGCAGCAUGU